UCAACUCUAUGAACAACAAUAUUUCACAGUAUAAAUACCAGAAGAAUUGUAAUGUCAUCCUGGCAUAUCAAGCAUAUCAGGUUCAAAAGAAGCACUUAACCAAAUUUGCUUAAUCACUUCCACAUCUUCAGCCAAAAUAUUCUCCUCAAAAGUAUUAAUAUUCCACGAUCUCAGCAGAGGAUUGAAAAGUCUUUAACAAGAAGGAGAUUAUCAUCAGUACCUUCUAAGCGUGAUGCAGGACGAAGAGGGUGUGAAGGAAUCCACGGGUCAUUCCAAAUAUCUAUAGUUGAUCCAUCUCCAAUUAACAAUCUGAGACCCUUUUUUAGAAGAUCUCUACCCUCAAGAAUCGAUUUCCAAGCAAAAGAGGCUUUCCUUCCUUGACCAGCAAGAAGGAUAUAAGACUCCUCAUAAUAUCUCCCUUUAAGAAGACGUGCUAGCAAGCUAUUAGGAUAUUGAAGUAUUCGCCAUAACUGAAGGUGGAGUUGUUCUAGAUGAAAAAGCCCUUGAAGGGAUCAACUACUAUCGCAUUCCAGACCAGGAAGGGGUAAAAGAUGCAAGCGAUGAUUACUUACAAGAAAAAAUGUCCGCUUGGCUAGACUCUUGGCUAAAGGAGGGUAAUCGUACUCCCACAAACAUCAUCACCAUCACAGGAGACGGCGGGUUCAGAGAGGCACUUGUUGAGGUACAAGAUGAGGGAAUGUUUGUAAUGCUUAUUUACCUUCAGAUGUCGAAGAAGUUAGACAACUUGGCCAACAAAGAAAUGAUGUGGCCCUCAAUUUUUACUGAGGGGAAGACUCAAACGUCGGGUUUUUGGGAGAAGGUGGUCUAUAAGAAGUCUACAAGGGGAGGAACCUCAAGCGGAAGAGGAGGAGGACGACGGGGUGCGAGAGGAGGAAGAGGACAACGGGGUGCGAGAGGAGGAAGAGGACAACGGGGUGCGAGAGGAGGAGAGAAGCCUGUGACAGUUCGCAACAAAUUUGAAGUUCUUUAUGAGGAAGAGGAAGAGGAGGAGACGGAAGAUCUUUAUGAGGAAGGGGAAGAGGAGGAGACGGAAGAUGAAGAAGAUGCAGGAGCGGCGGACAAAAAGAAAAAGAAGAUAUCAAAAUCUUAUUAGA